AUGGUGGUCAGCCAACCAGACAGGGGAAGUCAGCCAACCAGACAGGGGAAGUCACCCAGACAGGGGAAGUCAGCCAGACAGGAGAAGUCAGCCAGACAGGGGAAGUCAGCCAGACAGGGGAAGUCAGCCAGACAGGGGAAGUCAGCCAGACAGGGGACGUCACCUAGACAGGGGAAGUCAGCCAGACAGGGGAAGUCAGCUAGACAGGGGAAGUCACCCAGACAGGAGAAGUCAGCCAGACAGGGGAAGUCACCCAGACAGGAGAAGUCAGCCAGACAGGGGAAGUCAGCCAGACAGGGGAAGUCAGCCAGACAGGAGAAGUCAGCCAGACAGGGGAAGUCAACCAGACAGGGGAAGUCAGCCAGACAGGGGAAGUCACCCAGACAGGGGAAGUCAGCCAGACAGGGGAAGUCAGCCAGACAGGGGAAGUCACCCAGACAGGAGAAGUCAGCCAGACAGGGGAAGUCACCCAGACAGGAGAAGUCAGCCAGACAGGGGAAGUCAGCCAGACAGGGGAAGUCAGCCAGACAGGGGAAGUCAACCAGACAGGGGAAGUCAGCCAGACAGGGGAAGUCAGCCAGACAGGAGAAGUCAGCCAGACAGGGGAAGUCAGCAAGACAGGGGAAGUCAGCCAGACAGGGGAAGUCAGCAAGACAGGGGAAGUCACCCAGACAGGGGAAGUCAGCCAGACAGGGGAAGUCACCCAGACAGGGGAAGUCACCCAGACAGGGGAAGUCAGCCAGACAGGGGAAGUCACCCAGACAGGAGAAGUCAGCCAGACAGGGGAAGUCAGCCAGACAGGGGAAGUCAGCCAGACAGGGGACGUCACCUAGACAGGGGAAGUCAGCCAGACAGGGGAAGUCAGCCAGACAGGGGAAGUCAGCCAGACAGGGGACGUCACCUAGACAGGGGAAGUCAGCCAGACAGGGGAAGUCAGCCAGACAGGGGAAGUCAGCAAGACAGGGGAAGUCACCCAGACAGGGGAAGUCACCCAGACUGAGGGAGUCAGCCAACCAGACAGGGGAAGUCAGCCAACUAGACAGGGGAAGUCAGCCAUUCAGACAGGGGAAGUCAGCCAGACAGGGGAAGUCAGCCAGACAGGGGAAGUCACCCAGACUGAGGGAGUCAGCCAACCAGACAGGGGAAGUCACCCAGACUGAGGGAGUCAGCCAACCAGACAGGGGAAGUCAGCCAACUAGACAGGGGAAGUCAGCCAGACAGGCGAAGCACCCAUGGAGUGUCUAA